AUGUUCACCUUUCGACCUUGGAUCCUUCCUUGGAUUGCCUUGUCCACGAUGGCAUCCAAAAUCGCCAACGACUCAUUGCCUCUCCCGAGUCAAUUGGUUGCUCAAGUCCCCGGUGCCUGGUUCGAGAAUCUGGCUGUUCGCUCCAAUGGCAACAUCUUAAUCACAUCAUGCUAUCAGCCGAAUGCGUCUGUUUAUGAACUUUCAAAUCCCAGAGCAGAAUCUGCAUCGCUCCAACUACGUUUCACCAUCCAGACUGUCAACGGGCUUUUAGGCAUCACCGAAACAUUUCCCGAUGUUUUCGCGUUCGUCGGCAGCAACAUUAGCUUCACAGCUGGCGGCGAGAGGGGUGCCGCAGCCCUCUGGACUAUCAAUUUUAACGAGGAACUCUCACCGAGCCCAAGGUUGAUCGCCCAUCUCCCCGAUGCCAUCUUACUAAAUGGUGCAACAAGCGUUCCUCAGAAUCCUCAAAUCGUUCUUGUAGCCGACUCUAUACGAGGCCUAGUCUGGCGUGUCGACAUCACCAGUGGGGCUGUCAGCAUCGGUGCUGAGGUCCCUGAAAUGGGCGCUGAUCAAUCCAAGGGGCCAGUCACAGCCAUUAACGGGCUCAAGAUCCACGAUGGUUACCUGUGGUGGAGCAGCCUCGUCGAGAAAGCGUUGUACAGAAUUAAGAUCACAGAUGAAGGCAGGGCUGUUUGCGGUGCUUCAGCUGAGAAAAUGGCAUCCCUUCCAGCCUCGGCGGCUGACGAUUUAACCUUUGGCCCGAAUGGAGAAUCCAUCGCCUGGGUUGCUACCAAUCGGGGCAACAAGAUUGUCGCAGUUAAUCCAGACGGAGAGAUCGUAACGGUUUCUGAAUCUGCGGAUAUUGCCGCGGCCUCAGCUUUGCAGUUUGGCCGGACCAAACUUGACGAGAAGAUAUUGUACACGACCACCGCCGCUGGGAAUAUCGUGGCUAUUGAUACAUCAAGCUUAUUUGAAGAGGCUGUAUAG